AAAAAUCAACAGGUCAAGAAUGAGAAACUCAAAAUUUUACAAUUCUCAGUUGUAUCAGCAGUACAGUGAAGUUGUUCAGAACAGAGAGAUCCUGCAUCAGGCUCAUUCUGACACCUCGUCUGUGUUUGGGGAGGUUGCUGCCACCCUAGCAUUCCCCUCUCCCUGUCCUUCUCCUCCUCUGGCUCGCAGGCCCCUCCCACCUAUCCCUCCUAUGUCCCACCCCCAUUCCCUGGCCCAUACCAAUUCUUUGAGUGGGGCUCUAUCCCUAUCCCAUCACAUGACACAGAGGCCCUCAUCCCCUCGGCUGACCAAGUCAUUCACCUCCUCGCCCAUGCUAUGGCAAGAUCUGCCUGGAGUGAGGAACAGCCCUGAGCUUAAAACUCUCAGUGAAGACAAGAGACGUUUGCAGGAGGUGAGAUUUGAGGUGGUCACAUCAGAGGCAUCAUACUGCAGUAGCCUGGACAUCGUGGUGGAACACUUUGUCAAGUCCAAACAGCUAAACGCACUCUUGACUACACAGGACAAGAACUGGCUUUUUUCCAGGCUUUGUGAUGUCAGAGCCAUUAGUCAUAGUUUCUUCACUCAACUGGAGGAAAGAGUGGAGAGUGACAUACUGCACUUUACUGUCUGUGACAUCAUCAUUAAACACUGUCCACGAUUCCGAUCAGUCUAUGUGCCCUACCUCACCAACCAAUCAUACCAAGACAAAACAUAUCAAAAAUUAAUGAAUGAGAAUACUGCAUUUCGCCACAUGGUGGAGAAGCUGGAGCAUAGUCCCAAGUGCCAGAGACUCCCCUUCCGUUCCUUCCUCAUUCUCCCCUUCCAGAGAAUAACUCGCCUUAAACUGCUAGUACAAAAUAUUGUCAAGAGAACAGCGCCGAAGACAAAGGAUGAGGCACAAGCCAUCAAAGCCAUGAAAUUACUGGAGAAGAUGAUUCAGGAUAGUAAUGACAGUAUAUCUCAGAUGAAGAGCAUUGAAUCACUCGUAUCCCUCAAUGCAAAGGUGGACUUUGAAUGCAAGACACUGCCGCUGAUCAGUCAGUCACGCAGGCUAGUGAGAGAAGGCCCACUCACUGAGCUGAGGGAUUUCUCUCUGAAGGAGACAGAGAGAAAUGCCUAUAUGCAUCUUUUCAAUGACUACCUGCUUCUUUCAUUGCCCAAAGAAGUUGGCCGGUUUACAGUGAUAGAGCAUGCUCCUGUAUCAGAGCUACGAGUUGAAAACUGCAGAGUCAAGCUUCACUCUUUGCAGAAGAACCUCUUCCGCCUGCACAUAGCCAAUAAAGCUCUGCUACUGCGAACAGACACACAGGCUGAUAAACUGCGCUGGAUCUCUGCACUCUCUCGUCCUCAUCCUGAAAUUGACUUCACUGCAGCACAGGAUAUUCCACAGAUGCAGUGCAUUAGGGCUUUUAUUGCCCAGCAACCUGAUGAACUUAACUUGGAGAAAGCCGACGUCCUGCUGGUGCACCAGCAGAGCAGUGAUGGGUGGGUGGAGGGAACUCGUCUAUCUGAUAGACAUCGUGGAUGGGUGCCGGAGUCUCAUCUGGAAACCAUAGUCAGUGAAAAAGCUCGACAGUGCAACCUGGCGGACGCACUGAAAAUUACAACUGCAACAGCCACAGUGUGAAAUAUUUACUCAGCCUCCUACUCGGUAUUGCACUGUAUCCUCACCUCUACUGAAAAAAGCCAAAAACUCUACACUGAGUGAGUCACUCUACAAAUGGGUCACAACUCCUUGUGCAACUUUCACUGCACUAAACAUUUUCUUAAAACCAGACUCCAAGGAUUAUUUUAAGCUUUAAACUCUUCAGAAAUCACUGGAACAUGAACACUGGAUAUGAACCAUUAUCUCAGGAAGAAAAUGAAAAGGGAAAAAGGAAAUGCAUACAAGAACUGCAAAGGGUUUGUGGUUAAAUGUCCGACUGCCUUUUUAACAAGAUUAUAUAGAUUUUAUACAUUACACACAUUCUAUACCCCUGGCUGGUAUAACAGAACAAUACGAAAAAUGGCUACAGUACAUAAGUGUCUAUAGAGUUUGACAAAAAAUAAUCAUGGAACACAGUGUAUCUGGUUUGUUUGUACAUAACCACGUUUAUAAACCACUGAGGUAUUUAGGGAGAUCCAUAGUGUCUUGUGUUCAUUUGUCCUGUAGGAGCGCAAAAACAGAUCUUCUUUAUGCGGGCAUGGCACAGAUAUGCCAGUAAAAGAAAAUUGGUUCUGCAUCUUGACGCUUGAUAUUUUCGGAGCACUGCUGUAGAAUGGCUAGAGCAUGUAUUUUACAUGACUGAUACAUAUUCAAGCCAUUUACUAGAAGAGAGGUUUAAUUUUUUUGUAAAGUAAGUGUAAUGCAAUUUACAGAAAUUCCAUUAGGACAGCUAAAAUAUUGAAGGUCCCAGUCUCUAUACAUAGCUCUGGUCUCUAGGUACCUGCCAAAUAGUGGACAAACACCUACAUCUUUCACAAUGGGUAUAAACUACCCUAGUCUUUAGAUAUUACAAACCUAUUAUUAUAAUUAAUUAACAUCACACCAUAAAAACAUACUUUCUACUAUAGUUCCACCUGUAAGGAACCAUUUUAACAUGGGAAGUGAGGAGAAAGGAAGAGUCUGGAUAAACAGUUCAGUAGGAAAUCAGUCACUUUAGUGUCAUUUAUAGUCUGACGAAUCAACAGGACAUCACUAAUUUCUCUUUUGACAUGACAAAUUGGACAAAUUGGUUCCUUAUUAUUCUCAACCCACAGUAAGAUAGUAAGCAUGGGGCAGAAAAAAAAAAAA